AUGUUGAAAAGGUUGCUUUCGGUGAAAAAGACCAACACCACCAGCAACACAAAGAAAUACCAAUCUGAGGAAGAUGUCUCGGAUCAUCAUCACAAUCACUAUAGUCACCACCACCAUCAUCCUUACUCGCUUCAUCAUUCAAGCCAACAUACAGAACAAAAGAAUAAUUAUUCAGGAACUGAAAAUAAUACCCCGACGGUAACACACCAUACUGAACCUCUACCCAAAGUUACAGAGCAGAUCUCACAACCAACCAGGAAGGUUCAACCCUUAAUGCAGGAGUUACACGCCAACGAUCCACAUAAUAGAAGUUCCAUCAUUUCGGACCCCAUUGUAGAAAUGGAAUCUCCGAUUUUGUUCACCCCCAUGAAUCAACUAUUACCAUAUGGUGAUGGAUCAAAUAAGGUGUUCGGGUACGAGAACUUUGGAAACACAUGCUAUUGUAACUCUGUCUUGCAAUGUCUUUAUAAUUUGACGGAACUGAGGUUGAAUUUAUUGGAGUAUCCUGCCAGAGAUCCUAAGACGAGAAUUAGAAAGUUGGAUAUGGAUGGUGAAAAACCAAGAUUGUUUACUGAGGAAAGUUUCGAACCUUUGCCACCUUCAUCUCAAAAUAACAUUAAUAAUCAUCUCAAUAGUCCUACUUUUAUGAACGAAAGCCAAAAGAAAGAUAUCUUAGAACGUCAAAAUAGAGAGAGAAGAUUAAUGAAUAAAGAGAAGGAAAAGGAAAAGGAACCAAGGAAAAACUCAUUUAUGGGAUUCCAAGUUCCAAGUGGAAAGCAAAGUGGAAAGGAAAAGGAACAAGGGAAUGACAGUGAGCCAGAGAAACCAGAAAUCACUCAUGCUAACCUGAUGACCUCUGAUAUGAUGACAGAAAAAUUACAUGAAGGUUGCCAGGAAAUACUCGUGGGAAGAAUCCAUGAAUCAACUACUACUCCACAAUCACCAAGGUUUCGUGAAGUCCAAUACCCAGAGGAAAAUGACCUUUCUAAUAAUAAGAUUCUGCCGGAACGACAACAACAGGGAAAUAAUCAAAUAAAACAAUCAACGCAUACAAGUGAAAAGAGAAAAAAGGCAGCUUUGCUGCAAGGCCCAAUUGUGAAUGUAGACCAUAUCAUAAAUCCAUCCGAAAAAGUAUCAUUGUAUGAAACAUUAAGAGAACUGUUUGAAUGUAUUACAGAGAAUAAAUCCUUAACAGGUGUUGUAUCUCCUGUGGAAUUUGUCAAAGUGUUGAAAAAAGAGAACAUUUUAUUUAAUUCUAUGAUGCAACAGGAUGCCCAUGAGUUUCUGAAUUUCCUAUUGAAUGAAUUGAGUGAAUAUUUACAAAAUCACAUCUCCCACCCCUCCAAUAAACCAACAGAUAUACCUUUUAAAAAUUAUGUCAUCGAUCUUUUCCAAGGUGUACUAACUAAUCGAAUUAAAUGUUUGACUUGUGAUAACAUAACUUCAAGAGAUGAACCCUUUCUGGAUUUCCCCAUUGGCGUUAAAGGUGAUGAAAAUAUAGAUAUUCAAGAUGUAUUACGGUGUUAUCAUACUAGAGAAAUGUUAAAUGGUUCCAAUAAAUUCUAUUGUAGUCAAUGUUGUGGAUUACAAGAAGCUGAAAGAAUUGUCGGGUUAAAACAGUUGCCACAUACAUUAGCAUUGCAUCUUAAACGAUUUAAAUACUCAGAAGAACAAAAUACAAACAUUAAACUUUUUAAUAAAGUGCAAUAUCCACUAAAGUUGGAUGUAGCAUCCACUUUUGAUAGUUCUAUUGCCAAAAAAUAUGAAUUGACUGGGGUAGUAAUUCAUAUGGGGGGUAGUCCACAACAUGGUCAUUAUGUGUCCCUUUGUAAGAAUGAUAAGUUUGGUUGGUUGCUAUUUGAUGACGAGACAGUAGAAUCUGUUACUGAGAAAACUGUGUUGGAAUUCACCGGAGAUUCUUCCAACCAAGCGACUGCAUAUGUGUUGUUCUAUAAGGAGCUUGACGAAAAGGACACGAAACCUGUAGAUUAUCAAACCAAUAUUGAUGAGUUGGUCAGAUAUGAUGACUGGUAUAGGGAAAGGUUAAGAAAAACGUUUAAACUAAUGCAUGACGAACCGAUUACACGAGAUACCCAUCCCGUUAAGGCACAACAUAGUAAUGACGUUUCGCCGGAGUCAAAAGAAAAGGAUAAAAGCAAGAGAAAAUCCAGGAUAUUAGGUUUCAUUUAA